AUGACCAUUAACUUCACCAUCUGCUUUGGAGAGGAGCAGCGCAUGUUUGCACACAUCGAGCAGAUGGGACAUUCUCUUCACUGGCAUAGGAGCAUUUAUGCCAAGAGAGGGAUGCUAUUACCCAAAGGAUAUUACAAUAAUAAAGUGUUGUGGAAGAUGUUUCUUUUUUCAAAAGAGAUACACCAGACUGACCAAAGAAGAUAUCAAACCAUUGGUAGGGAAGAUCGACUAAGCUUACUACCAAAUCCUCUUCUUUCCCGGGUACUCUUGCAUCUACCUACAAAAGAUGUUGUUAAGACAAGUGUUUUGUCUUCUAGAUGGAGAUCAGUUUGGCGUUACGUUCCCGGGUUAGAUCUUGAUGACCGUGAACUCCCGGAUUAUAGUUCCUUUGUCAAUUUUGUCGAUAGGUUUGUUGAGUUCUUGAGGUCUAAUGAUUCACCCAUUGCAAAGCUAAAGCUUACUUCUAAGAGAGUGAAGAGUGAUCCCUCGGCUAUCAAACCAUGGGUGAAAGAAGCACUUGUGCGUAAACUUCAACAUCUUGAGAUUAAUUAUUCGACGCGGUUUAAUAGUCUUGAGCUUCUGCCAAUAAUGCUCUUUGCCUGCCCGACUUUGGUAUGCUUGAGACUUUUUGACGUGGCCUUUAACGAGUUGAACCAUGUUUCCCUACCGCGUCUUAAGACAAUGCAUCUGGAAGAAGUUAAGUUCACCAACCAUGCGGCUAUAGAGACACUUAUCGCUUCUUGUCCAGUUCUUGAGGAUUUGAGCAUAGUUCAAGAUGAUUUGAAGGUCAUACGUGUGGUCUCUCAAACAAUAACUAGUAUCAAUCUGGUUCGAGAUACUAACCAUCAGGAUAAUGAAAAGUGGGAAGUUCUGAUCCAUACCCCUAGACUCAAGUAUUUGAGUCUUAAAGAUAAAAAAUCCUCAAGCUUCAUCAUAUACAAAAUGUCUCCAUCUGCCAAGGUAGAUAUUGCUGUUGAUUUCAAUGUGAAAGGUUUUUUGGAUCCUAAUGACUUGGAAAAGAGAAAUAGCAUUGGUCAUUUCUUCAAAAACAUCUCAUCAAGCGUCCGUGACAUGAUCAUAUGUUGGGAAACUCUUAAGGUUAUUCAUCAAUACCUGAAACUAGAAACCCUACCUCAAUUUCCUAUCAUGUCUCAUUUGCAUGCUAAAAUCUUUGUCGCGGAUUUGGAAAUGUUGCCCAUCCUUCUGCGGAGCUGCCCCAAUCUUAAAACCCUCAUCUUGGAGCUUAAUGUUUCCACUAAUAAGAAAGAGAGAACUCGUUUCUCAUAUGUGCCUUGGUGUUUCUACUCAAGCUUGGAGAGCGUGGAGAUGAAAACACCAAUCAGUGAAAUUGGACUAGAAGUGGAAGUUAUAAAGUACUUCCUCGAGAAUUCAAGAAUCCUCAAGAAGCUUACUUUGAGAUUGGCUGGUCGUACGAUGAAAGAAGAGUCUCUCAUCUUCAUGGAACUCCUGAAUUUCCCAAGACGCUCUAGCGUGUGUGAAGUCCAUGUUGCUGGACUCGAAGAGACAAUGCUCAAACUAUGA